AUGAUAAGCCCAGACUUCAAGGUCACUGAGUACCCCAACUUCCUCAGCUGCUACCAAACCUUCAUUGUUUCGAACCAUGGUACAAUCAUUGAUAAGUCUGAUUAAAUUAUUACAGGUGAUUCCUUAUGGAAGGAUUUAGAACCAGAGUUUUAGAGACUUAACGUGAUGAGAAAAGAGUUAACUCAAGUAAUGCAGUUCAGAUCAGAUCCUGAUCAGCUUAAAAAGUUUAAGGAUCUCUUCCUUGAGAACUACAAGGUUUAGACUCUAUUCCAAAAGUACUUCACCUACGGAAGUCAGAAGAACCAGGUCAAUAUAACUCAUGUGUGGUUUGAUUCCUUUACCAAGCAGAAGAAAAUGUCGAUGUCCCCCACCUUCGACGCCAUUAACUCUCUCUAUAACUAUGCAGUUGCUUGCUCCAGAAUCGCUUGCUACAUGGAUCUAUCAGGUGAAGGUAUCAAGGAAGCCAGCAAGUUAUUUUAAUAGGCUGGUUGGACUUUCGAGCAUUUGAGAUCAUUAGUAACCAAUUUAUAACCCUCAGAGGUCUCCACUGAUCUCACAGCUGAGAGCUUAGGCAUGUUGAGUAAUCUUAUGCUCGCCCAAGCUCAGUACUUGUUCUACAAAAAAGCUAUGGACGCCUAGAUGAGAGCUACCGUGCUAAGUAAGGUCGCAAUGCAAGUCGCAGACUAUUUUAAAAAGGCUCACGAACUUAGUCAGACUAAUUAGGGACUAAAAUCUUAUGAUUCCUCUAAGUUUGCUAACAUUCAACUCUAUCACUCAAUUUACUUUAAAGCAAUGGCAUAUAUGGUGAUUGCUCAAGAAUCGUAUAAGAAGGUGGAAGAGACUGCUUCAGGUAUGGGACUUGCAGUCUCUUAUUUCAAGGGUUCAGUAGCCAUUAUGGAGCAAGCUAAAUAAGUUGUCCUAUCAGUCCCCUCAAACUAUUAAGAUAAUUACAAUAAAAAGCUUGAAGACAUCAAGAAAUUCCUUGAGAAAGCUAACAAGGAAAACAAGAGUAUUUAUUUCGAGAGAGAGACUGCUUUUGAACAGUUACCUAAGCUUGACAGCUAGAACUUUGUUAAACUUGAACCAGCCCUUGAUAACAUACUUGAGAAAAUUCCAAUUGAAGAUAAACUUAGACAUAUUGUUCCUCCUGAGGUUAGAGCAAUGCAAAAUGAAGUGAAAAACUAACUCUAAGAGAUCCUCAAUCAACAAUAUGAAUUGGAGAACAAAUCAGAUGCUGAUUUGAGAAGUUUCCUUCAAAAUUAUGGACUGCCAUAGACUCUUCAUGCAGUCACAGCCACCACAGAAAUUCCAAAUCAAGUUUGGGAGAAGAUUGAAGAUUUCCAAAAGAAAGGAGGACUACCAAACGUUAAAGCUAUGAUUCAAGGUAUCGCAGCAAUGAGAUCAAAUAAUUAAUAGAUUAUGCAACAAAUGAUGCAGACCAUUGAAGAAGAGGAGAAGAUUGAUAAUGCAAUGAGACAGCAAUACACUCAAAAAUGGAACAGACUCCCUUCUAAUGCUUUAAAUGGACAAUUUAAGCAUCAAGUAUCUGAUCUCACUAGCAAAGCUUUAGUUGCUGGAGAGACUGACAACAAAUUAGAAACUAAAUUCAAUUAGUAAGGAGAUCAAUUGAAUUUAUUAUCAAAGACAAAGAACGAGUUAUCUGCUAUGAUUCCAUAAUCCUAAAAUCAAAAAGAAAUUUCUUAAAAUCCAGUUAUUCUUGCAAUCAAGAAUGCACUUGACGAGUUUGAUAGAAUUAAGGAAGCUAAGUCAAAGAUUUAUGAAGAGGCUGUGCAAAAGUGCCAAAAUUUCAAUGCUAUUGAGCAACUGUUAACAGUACACAUGGGCCUAGCAGAAAAAGGCAUUGUCUAUGAAAAGCUGAGACAAGAAUUUAGACAAAUCUUCUUGCAAGUCGAGCCAUUUGAAAAGUAAAUGCAAGAGACUAAGUCAGUCAUCCAAACUAACAGUGGACCUUUCAACUAACUUCUGCAAAGCACUAGUAACGAUCAAUCAAAGCAACAAUUUUAUGCUUCAAUUGAUACCUCCUUGAAUUACUACAAUGAAAUCACUAAUAUGCUUCACCAAGCCAAUCAAUUCUACACUCAGUUGGGAGACUACUUGAACAAGCUUUAUCAGAACAUAAUGGACUUCAAGAUGAGCAGAGAACUUGAGAAAAAUGAUAUUGUUUAGAAACUAGGUGGGUUCUAGUAACCACCUCCAGGCAUGCAACAAUAACCACCUAUCUAUGGCUACUAAAUGGGAGGUAUGCAAGGCCAAAUGCCCCCAGGAGGAAUGCAAGGUCAAAUGCCCCCAGGUGGAAUGCCAGGUCAGCAGUAGUUCUAGCAAAUGCCAGGCUAAUAAAUGCCAUAUCAGUAAUAGUAGUUUGGUCAGUACAACCCUUAGUAAUAACAACAAUAGCCACCCCCUAACUAUCAAUACUACGAUCCAAACAAGCCACCUCAAUGA